CAAUCGAGUGCGGAUGUGAGUAGCGGUUGGACAAAGCAUUUAAGAAGCAGAUUUUUCGCGCAGUGUUUGAGAGUGUCGUUAUUCGUUCCGUUGUUGUUCUGUGUUAUGUUUUUUUGAUGGUGUGUAAAUAAAUGCAUAUUUAAGAAUACUACUAAUACCGAGUGGAUUUGUGAAUAAUGAAAUAAAUGCGCGAAAUCGUGUAGUAUAUUUAAUAAGAAAGUAAGCGGAAAAGUAAUAGCGUACAAAAACAGUCUACGCUGAAUAACAAAACAGCAAAAAAACAAAUGUCUACAGCAGUCCAGGGGGACAACUGAGGAGGGAGCAUAUAUUUAUGCUGCCCCAACUAAGAUGGAUUUUUACAAUCAAACACCAACACAUGCUCAUUGAAAUACCGUCAUGCACUCAAAUUGUGACAAAAAGCGACAAAUUGUAAAUGCAGAUACUAAAAAGCUCAAAGAGAUUACUUUAAACGUUUUUAAAAGCCAAUUGUGAUAAACAAAAAACCAAAAAGUGCGAGAAAAUGACAGUAACCUACACGGCGGAGGUAGCAACCUGUAGAGGCUUUGGCUGCUUUCUGAAAUUGCUGCGAAGAUGGCGCGGCAGUAUCUAUAAAUUAGUUUGGCUAGAUCUCAUCGCAUUUCUCUUUCUCUACUACGUACUUAGUAUAGUGUAUCGUUUUGUAUUAAAUGAAAAUCAAAAGCAAAUAUUCGAAGGCGUUGCCAAAUAUUGCUACAGCUACAGUGAUCUUAUACCGCUGUCCUUUGUGCUGGGUUUCUAUGUGUCCAUAGUGAUGACACGAUGGUGGAAUCAGUACACCAGCAUACCUUGGCCCGAUCCGAUCGCCGUUUUUGUCAGCGCCAAUGUCCACGGACAGGAUGAACGUGGGCGUGUUAUGCGUCGUACAAUUAUGCGUUACGUCUGCCUCUGUUUAACAAUGGUGUUGAUUAAUGUGUCGCCGCGCGUGAAAAAACGAUUUCCCGAGCUAACACACCUCGUCGAUGCAGGUCUCUUGAAUGACAAUGAGAAGGCGAUUAUCGAGAGUAUGAAUAAGGGAUUUCCGCGUCACUCCAAGCAUUGGUUGCCCAUUGUGUGGGCGGCAAGUAUUAUAACGAGGGCACGCAAGGAAGGACGUAUACGUGAUGAUUUUGCGGUGAAAACAAUUAUCGAUGAAUUAAAUAAAUUUCGAGGUCAAUGCGGUUUACUAAUAUCGUACGAUACGAUCAGCGUGCCGCUUGUGUAUACGCAAGUGGUCACCUUGGCGGUCUAUUCGUUCUUUCUCUGCUCGGUGAUGGGUCAGCAGUGGACCCAGGAUAAGGAGGCUUUUCAGAAGAUCGAUUUAUACUUUCCAGUAUUUACGACACUGCAAUUUUUCUUCUACAUGGGUUGGCUAAAGGUGGCCGAAUCGCUGAUCAAUCCAUUCGGUGAAGAUGACGAUGAUUUUGAGGUCAACUGGAUGGUGGAUCGUAAUCUGCAGGUCUCCUAUCUAAUAGUCGACGAAAUGCAUCACGAUCAUCCCGAACUAAUCAAAGAUCAAUACUGGGAAGAGGUGUUCCCCAAUGAACUGCCAUAUACCGUGGCGUCUGAACGUUUCCGUGAGGAGCAUCCCGAACCGUCUACAGCCAAGAUCGAGGUGUCGAAUAAGGCCGCCAUGCCAACAACGCUCUCUAGCGUACGCAUCGACGAAAUGGUUGGUAACAAAGGGUCAACCAAGCAAUUGUCGUUACAAGGGCUAACCCAAAAUCCAGAUCAAACCCAAACACAGACACCAAUGCAAGCAGUUAAUUAUAAAUUUCCUGAAAUGUCACAAGAAGAGGAGGCCGAUGAUGCUAGUGGCAUUCAUUUCACAGCCGGCAAUGGCAAGGUGCGACACGGCUCUUCGCCCAGCCUUGCCAGCUUAAGUGGCACAUUGUCACGCGUCAACACAGUCGCAUCGGCGCUAAAGCGCUUCCUCAGUCGUGAAGAGCGUCCCGGCUCCACAACACCAGUCGAUGAGAUUUCACAAAAAAAUCGUUUUCCUGGCAGUGCAAGUUCGGCCAGUCUAACCGGCAAUUUGAUUAUGAAGCCACCCGGUAGUAUACGCAUCACUGAUCAAGUCAUCGAAGAGGUCGACGAACAAACCACAAUCACAUCGCAGCGUGCCAACGAUCAGGUACGCCCGAAUGUGCGCGAUAUUUUCUUGCAGGAUCUCAACAAUCAAAGUUCAUCGGCGGCACAGCGCUCCGUGCCUAUGGAUAUUCCGCCCAGACCCGCGUCAUACAUGCGCACACAGUCCACUUACGAGCCAACGCUCUUUCCGCCGGGCGGUGUGGAGGCAUUGCUUAGCACGUCUGCGCCAACGAAUGGCAGUCCACGCAUGGUGCAGACAGUGCCAAACUCGCCAGUUGCUGAUCCAUCGAGCACCAAAUCUCUCUUCGAUCAGCAAAUCAAUCAGGAAAAGGGCAGUUGCGAAACGGCAUUAGAACGUCCCGCCGAUGCGCCGCAGGUUUUCAGAUGGUUUUUAUCGACUGUCGAUGACAUGGAAAUCAAAUCGACAACAGAUGCGCCUGGUGGUGAUGAUGAAGGCGAUGAUUUCGAUAAAUUGAAAGCCGCGCGCGAAAAGGAGCGCAUGCAGCGGCAACAACAAAAACUGGCACGCACAAUCAGCGCAGCGCCCGGCGUCGAUGGUGGUCCUACGGUUGUGCCCGUGGUAGCGGCUGCGAUAAUACCAACUGCCGUUAUGCAGCAGCCAGCGCCGCAACCACCACUAUCCAAUGUUCCAUCCGGUGCAGAUCUUUUGACCAGUAAUGCGGCGGUAAACACAAACGUGGAACCACUCACAACCUCAACAGCGAAAACCUCGCCCGAUGGUGAGGUACAAGAGGCUAACAAAUAAAUAAGUACAGAUGCAUUAUUGAAUGGGUGGUAAGAGUUUUAAAGUGCGUACAGUGCUUAUUAAAUGUAUGCAGAAGAAGCAUUUCUUGAAGAAUAGAGUUGAUUUUUUUUAUUUUUUUGUGGAAUCGGAGAAGCUUUAAGUAAAAAAAUAAACUAGUUUUAUAAGGUUGUACUCAUUAAAAAUGCGCAUAAGAAAACAAUAACAAAACAAAGAUAUUUUCUUCUUUUCACAACUCUUAUUCAAAAUAAAAAAUUAAUCGAAUGAGCGUAACACGAUACUUUUCCGAUGUCGACAAGUUCUUUAAGAAAACUACUGUACUUAUGUAAUUGAAGCAGAGUGUGUCAAUUUUGUAUUUCUUUCAUAGAAUUAAGUAGUAAUCAGAGUUAUCGAAUUUGUAACAAUUAAGCUUAAGAAGUUUUGUAUCCCAAAAGCAUGUCAGCGGCAAAUGUGGCCUAGCACACGCUUGAGAAUUAGUUUCCUUUUAACGUUAAUAUGUGGUAGCUUUUGAAAGAUAUAAUAUUGAAUCUGAGAACCCGGUUUGUGUUGUCGUUUCUCAAUUCUCGAUAGCUUGUGUUCUAUAUGUAUCUAUGUGUGUAUAUUUGGGUGGUCCAAAGAAGUUUUAAAUGUUAAGCCCUCUCCCUCUAAGAUUUUUCAAAUGGAAAAACGAAUACCCAUAUUUUUUUAUUACAAAGAAAUAUUUAGAACUGCCUCAAAGCCCAUGAACUUUUCCAUGUAUUU